AUGAAAUAUGGAAAGCGAUUUGUGAGGCUAACAAUGGAAUUGCCAAUUCAGCCAAUAGAAUACCCUAGUCAAUAG